UUUACCAUCGUUUAUCUGGCGACCAUUCUUUGUCUAUGGCAUUCCCUCUGGAGAGACUUUAACAGCCGCUUUGGUUUCCUUUCCUGCGAAACUUCAAUAGGCCAGAGGAACCAAGCGCGAGUAGACGUCUCAUUAAUAUGAGCAGCUUGGGACACGGUUAAACCGAUAGAGCCAGGAAAUGGGCAUAGACGUAUAGACCAUUGCUAACAGCUGUGAGAUUGUUGAACACAGUUGUGCACACAGACCAGAAUGGGUUCGGCUGCAGACGCCUUCAGUCGCUCCUGGAGAUGUGAAGGGAAAAACUAAAUUGGACCGAGCUGCAUGGAGUUAUAACUGGAUUGUAGCGGAUUUCUUUUUUUUUUGCAGUGAAGAAUCCAAACUGCAUUUAUAAAACUAAAACCUACACCUUUUGGGGGGGAAUCAUGUUCCGUGCGUUCGCUUCACCGAUGAAAGCGGAACGCAGUCGGAACAAGGAGCGCCUGGAGGCCAGCUUGGCCGGUCUGUGUGAGCUGGAGCUAUUGAAACAGAGGCAGGAAUGUCUGGUGUUGAGUGCCCUCUGCCUCGGGGACUCCGGGACUGUCCACGGACGCCCGGCGUGGGGAGACCUCCGGGGAUCGAUCCGCUGCGCCGCGGACACGCCAAACGGCGGUGUGGGUGACGACUCCGGGCUCCGACGUCAGCAGUCGGGCAGUCUCCAGUGCACCCCCUGGGGCAUCAUGGCCUCCCUGGAGGAGCAGGUGGCGGAGCUGGGCAUCAACGGAGCCGACGCCAGGCCAACCGACUACCCCGCCGCCGCCGCCUACCCUGCGGACGGUCCCCGUAGCCCCGAGGAGCCCCUGGCGCCGGGUCGAGGUGGACCUCCGGAGGUCGGGCUCCUUCAGCCCUUCUCCGCCGCCUGCUCCAACGCCACCAUGGAUCUGGUCUUUCCUAGAAGACCCGCGGAGACGGAGCAGACCUGGCUGCUGGAGGCUCCCAAAGCUGAAGACAUCGCAGACCGCAUGGACGAGAUGGAGCACGGGGAACGCAGAGAGGAGGACCACGAGGAAGCCCAACGGAUGGAGACGUAUAUAUCCGGACUCGUCCAACGCAGGACCGUGGUCGCGCGCCCAUCAAAGCCCCGCACAAACGCGCCACAUGACCCCCGGGCCAUCACCGUGGUGAGGCAGAGCAGCCUAUGCCGUAAAGAGGACCAACAUCCGGGGAUGCAGGGAACCAUCCAAAGUCACAUGCCCGGGCUCCCUUCUUCCCCCCAAAGCCCAGAGGGACAAUCUCCGCAGGCUUGCCGCGGCAUGGAUCUGGAGUGCCAUCAAGAGGCGGCGUUUACAGACGACUCCCCGCACCCGUACCACCACCAGAUGCAGCCUAGCACCCAACAUCACACCAGCUUCUACCCCAGAAACAGGCAGCAUGCACCGGGGAGCACGCCUCGCUCCGCCUCGAUGGACUACCAGCCCUGCAGGGGGCCCGGUCCAGCCCAGUCCAACCCCAGCAACGGGGAAGCGGACUCCACGCCCAAGCACUUCAGCGGCUACCCUUCCCCUCCGCAGCCGGCCACCCCCUCCAGCCGACGAGCAGCUGGCAGCGGCGGCGGGGGCGGCAGCGGGAGCGGCAGCGGGAAGGGAAGCCGCGGCAGCCAGUCCAAGGGAAGGAAGUCCCACCAGGGGAGCGGCGGGUACCGGCGUUGGCGGUCCACCCUUGAGCUCAGUCAGGACGAGGCGGAGCAGCCCCCGCCGCCCCACCAGCACGCCUCGGCGUCCGGCCAGAGGGACCCCUGUGGAAAGCGCUCGCGUAAAUCCGGCAGUUCCAGUGCACCCCUGGGCAUCAUGGCCUCCCUGGAGGAGCAGGUGGCGGAGCUGGGCAUCAACGGAGCCGACGCCAGGCCAACCGACUACCCCCGCCGCCGCCUACCUGCGGACGGUCCCCGUAGCCCGAGAGAGGAGGACCACGAGGAAGCCCAACGGAUGGAGACGUAUAUAUCCGGACUCGUCCAACGCAGGACCGUGGUCGCGCGCCCAUCAAAGCCCCGCACAAACGCGCCACAUGACCCCGGGCCAUCACCAGGGACAAUCUCCGCAGGCUUGCCGCGGCAUGGAUCUGGAGUGCCAUCAAGAGGCGGCGUUUACAGACGACUCCCGCACCCGUACCACCACCAGAUGCAGCCUAGCACCCAACAUCACACCAGCUUCUACCCCAGAAACAGGCAGCAUGCACCGGGGAGCACGCCUCGCUCCGCCUCGAUGGACUACCAGCCCUGCAGGGGGCCCGGUCCAGCCCAGUCCAACCCCAGCAACGGGGAAGCGGACUCCACGCCCAAGCACUUCAGCGGCUACCCUUCCCCUCCGCAGCCGGCCCACCCCCCUCCAGCCGACGAGCAGCUGGUGAACGCCGAGUACAUCCCGGCCCAGCCCUGUCGAACGUCGACCCAGGCGUCUUCCCAUCACCACCCCAAUCCCCUGAAGGGCUGGACGGGCGACGGCCACCCAGAGCAGCAGCAGCUCCCCGUAGCUCAUCAGCCUCAGCACUCGAGGGCCAGAGCGGGCCCCAGGAAAGGCCGCCAGACUGACGACAAAAGCGGGGCGACCAGGAAGCAGGGGAAGAAGGCCUGCCGCUCCCAGUCGGAGAACAGCCUGCAGCGGGUUCCGGAGCGCAAGUACAACACGGUGGACGGCGGCGGGGGCGGCAGCGGGAGCGGCAGCGGGAAGGGAAGCCGCGGCAGCCAGUCCAAGGGAAGGAAGUCCCACCAGGGGAGCGGCGGGUACCGGCGUUGGCGGUCCACCCUUGAGCUCAGUCAGGACGAGGCGGAGCAGCCCCCCGCCGCCCCCCAGCACGCCUCGGCGUCCGGCCAGAGGGACCCCUGUGGAAAGCGCUCGCGUAAAUCCCGUCCGACGCACAGCUCGUAUUCGCACGCCCACCCCAACCCAAACCCAAACCCAAACCCCAACCCCAACCCCAACCCCCACCAACACCACCACCACCACCACCACAAUCACCAAAACCCCAUUCACCACCACCACCCGCUGGUGGAGUACCAGGCAGGGAGGGAGCAGGCCCCGCCGUGCCGACCCACCGAGGGUUACUCUCACCCGGGGCACGGGGAGUCAGAGUCCAGCACCAGCGAGGCGGACUCCCCGGACUCCAGCUCCCUGUCCAGCGACUCAGACGAGAGCGGCGGGCUGGUAUGGCCCCAACAGCUCCCCCCUCAGCUCUCGCUCCCGUCACCCCCGUCAGUGCCCAGCGGAGCCCCCCUGCAGCCCAAGGCCUUUGUCAAGAUAAAGGCCUCGCACGCCUUGAAAAAGAAGAUUUUGCGCUUCCGCACUGGUUCGCUCAAAGUCAUGACCACUGUUUGAAGCAAGACUUGAUUAUAUGGGGUGAUGUGAUGAGUGGGUUGUUCAAGCCCAUAUCAGGUUUGUAUGUUUUUAAGUCGCCGUCACUCAAGAUAGAAUGGGAGAAUUGUGUGUUAACAUAAAAACUGAUACGGUACGACAGUGUUCUUAAGAGAACUAGUAUCAAAGCCUGUCAACUCAAGAAGAUGAUCUUGGAUCCAUCCUGGAUAGUAAUUGAAAACUAAUUUGUCCAACACCUGUAUCGCAGGGUAUGUGCUAGCUCAAACAUAAAUGAUUGAUUAAUGGGCAUAAGACCCUCUCUAAAUGGUAAGACACUAGUAAGAUCAUCUAUAUUGUCACUGUCUCAAACCCUGAUCAACUUUCACCAACAAGUCAAAAGGACAAAUCAAAAUGACAUGAAUUCCCUACAGACAAUCAAUUAUAUCAUGGUCCUUUUUCCUAACUUUUGUUUUCUGCAAUUGCAAUUCUGCAUAGUUUACAACAAGUGUGUAUUUAUGUGUGGGGAUGUCGUGUGUGGGUUUGGUCUGCAUGAGGGGAAAGGCUGUCACCAAAAACGGAGUGAAACAUAAGUUUGCCUAAAUGCCUGUGAUUGAUCACUGCAGCCAUAUCUUGGAAGUGAUUUCCUUGUAGCCUCUAUAGGACAAGGAAAGACACGUUGGUGCAGAGUUGAAUAUAUCUAAAUCCUUUUUGUUUUCAGAAUUUUGCAGCCAUCGUUUGCUGGAAAAUACUGCUUUGUCUUCUGGGAUAUUUCAUCAAGAAGGCAAAAGUACAAUCAAAGGCUAAUUUGUUCAAACUAGGUGUUUUUGGAUAUCCAAAUUUGCCAAAUGAUAAUAUUAAUGAUAAUAAUAACUUUAUUUAUAUAGCACUUUUUCAUUAGAUGUUUAUAAGUGCUUCGCAUGAAUAUGGAAAUGAUUCACAAUAAAUAUGAGAGGAAAUUAGUUAUUCAAACAUUACUCAAACAAAUAAUUAAAGAAUCAUUUAAGUACAAGCAUUAAUCAAACAAAAUAAAUUCAUGAAAAGUACAAAUAGGCCAGAAAGGUGCACAAUUAGGUUACUAUUCAUGGGGGAAAACAUCUAGCUUCCAGCAAUCAUGUCCGGUUUUACCUUGCCGUCUUUAUUUUACACAAGAGAAGGUUGUAUCAGGCAGUUUAUUUGCGUAAAGUGUCAAAAGCCAAGCUAAUAAGGUGGACAAAUCCUUUUUAAACGUCUAUUGACCCACUGGUCUGGUUUGUUUGUCAAGGGUGCAUUGAAAUAAAGGAGUAUUUCUUCGUCUGCGGAGAUCUAAGUCAACGUCUUUUGGUUAGAAGUAGAUGCCCUCUUUCAAGAAAAUGUGAAGUGUUGCCGAAAAAAGAAUUAUAAAAAUAAUUUAGAGGAGUGAGCUCUGUACAGCUUAAAUACAAGGUACUGUAACAUAUUACAUUAACAAAGAUUUUGUGAAGUUAUGUAUAAAGCGAAGUCUGUAAAAUAAUUAAUAUGCAGUUUUUGUUAUGUAGUAGUGAAUGCAGAAAUGCUCACUAGUGAGACUGAAGUCACUCACAAGAGUGACAAAGGUUCUAAUCCUCAGUUUCCACGGCCACGGUAUAUGCCUUUUUUUGAGAUAUAAUACCAUUUUUGCUUUUGUCAUGCUGCUUUGAUCUUAGUAACAUGUGUGGCCUACCAGGAUUUUGCUAUUCCAAAGAAUGUACGUAAUUUUACGUUUGUCACUUUAAGUAAUCGACAGUAUUAUCUUUUAAGGUGCACUAGCCCACUAUUACUAUUAGCUUAUCUUUUGUACUACGUUUUGGGUGUCUCAAUGCAGUGUAUGAAAUGUAAAGGUUUUUACCUAAUAAAAAAAAUAGCAAGUACUACUAACAUGAGAUGUUUUUCUUUCGCUUGAUAGUGAUUUGCAAUAAGGCAGAGUGGUGGUGGCAGAACCGGUAUACAGAGAAGGUCUUUGUGCCAGACACCCAGUCCUCCUCGACUUGCCAGAGGGAUCUCUGUCAACCGAGUGAAUACGAAUCUACCAUCAACACAGAAUAACGGUGAUCUCUAAACCACAAUUUGUUAUUUUUUUAUUCAGUGUUUAUUUGAUAUGACACGAUAACGGUGAUCUCUAAACCAAUAUUUGUUAUUUUUUUAUUCAGUGUUUAUUUGAUAUGACACGAUAACAGUGAUCUCUAAACCACUAUUUGCGGGCUUGUCGGUGGCUUCAGUGCAGCCAUGCAUCAGAACUAGAGCUGUCAGUUAAACGCGUUAUUAACGGCGUUAACGCAAACCAAUUUUAACGGCGUUGAAAAAAUUAUCGCGCGAUUAACGCAAUUAUUUUAUUUCCAAUUUUUUUUUUUUUUUUUAAAUAAAAAAUCAUUUGCACAAGGCAAGCCGAUGCACUUCACCAUGUUGAUAAGAGAAUUAAAAUGAGAAGAAUUAUGGAACAAAAAAAUCAAGGGAUAUUUAGCAUAGAAAAAUAAUUUGCGAUUAAUCGUGAGUUAACUAUGACAUUAAUGCGAUUAAUCACGAUUAAAUAUUUUAAUCGCUUGACAGCUCUAAUCAGAACCCUUGCAGUCUUUUGUUAAACAGAUUCAGAAUCGACACAUUAUUUGUAACCAACCGGUGAUGUGGAUUUAAGAAUGCAUACAUUUGAGUCUCU